CUGUGAAAAUGCUCUAUAAACAUCUCAUUUUCUGCGCCGUUCAACGAUGCCGCAUGUCCGAUGAACUUUGUAGAUUAUCCGUGAAAUUGACCUCGUUUUCUCGAUUUGCACUCCAGCUCGUUCGAAUAUCAGGCAAUAUCUCUCUCUAUAAGAGUGUGUGUUUCUUAUCUGUUGUCUCAACGUAAUGCCGUAGUUCUGUAUAUUUAUGUCUAUGAUGGUAUAAGGAGAUGUGUCAUGCGAGAGUGAUUCAGUUUGGAAGGCGCAUGGACUAGUUUUUUCUGGAUUUAUGAAAAUCACAAUUGCGAGUAAUUUUUCCUUCUUUCUGAUCCGAAACUUUUUUGUGCUUGUAAUGGGAAAAUGAAAUUGCGUUUAAGUAACAAUAUGCAGAGUUGUAAUUUGAAGUUCGAACUGCAGUUUGAUUUAUUGUGUUAAUACAGUUAGCAGAAUGAAUCUAUGAUAAUGAAUCAUUAAAUUUUUCUCACCAACAGUUUCUGAUACUGGUGUUGGGAGCAAACCGGAGGAUUACCAAUAUCUGAAAUACCGAGACGACCCUACUCUGGCUAAUCAAUGGGGCACAACACUGAGACAAUUGCGCAUGUGGUUCCUAGAUGGUGCAUGUCCCUUAAUCCAUGACUAGAAUUUAUUCUGACCAACUAAAAUGCCGAUUAAAGUACUAGAAGAAACAUCACUGUCUACUCCAUCCCUUGGAGUAGAAGCAUAAUUUGAUGCACAACUUGAGAUACUUGGAAGUUGGAACAUUGUUCUUCAGAUUUGAGCUAACAGAUUAGGGAGCUGAGAAAGAGGAGUAUAUUGUGGAGUGAGAUGAAAGAGAAAGAAAUAUGAUGAUUCUAGGGGAAAAAGUAACAGAAUUACCAAGUGUACAGGUUGCAUAAAUGCCUUUGUUUUACUCCCAUGGCCGCCAAACAAGAAAAUGGAAAACAACAUAAAGAGAGGAAAAAUAAAUAACUAACAUAAAAAUUCAAUUUAUAAUCAUCUCACGGCAUUUCACAGGUAUUGCAACUCAAAAUUAUGUGUAUCGGCCUUUAAUGUCGUCCUGCCUGGAAGAUACAAUUGAAAAGCCUUCCAUAAGUUUUUUUAUACCACCUGUUAGGAGCGCUGAUGAUAUAGUAUAAUUACAUUGCAGAUGGGAUGAUUUCUCUUGCAACUACAAGCACAUCUGAUAGUGAGAUACACAAUUUAAACGUAAAUCUAAAAGAUUCUAAUUCUGCUGGAAGACUGACAAAGCUACCCUCAACUGCAAAGAAUGGUGCCAAGUUCAGUGGGACUGAAGUAUCAAUAUCAAUAUCCAAGAGCCUUGAUGACUUGUUGGCAGAGAUUACUUGCUUUCUUCAAAAGAUGAUCCUUCUGAAGAUUCCGAAAGUUGUAAUGGAACUCUUAGUAUGUGGUGAUGAUCCUUUGAGUUCACAGAUUGAAAGUCCUAUUCUGGCAAUUGAGGGCAGCUCUGCAUAUUCUCCUAUUGAAAGCAUAGAAAGCUUGAAAGUGGGACUCAAGGAUUAUAUUCGCAAGCACCAAACUUGCUUCUCAAUUGGGGAAAACCUGAAGGUUGGAACUGGGGUUGCUAAUUCUUCAGAUAGUUCUCAGGGAAAUAGCCAGGUGGUGGAAGCUGUUGUGAUUAUCAAUGAGAUGUCAGAACUAGUUCAUUCUUCCAGCAUCAGUGAACAAGACAUGAAAACAGAGAUCUUAUAUUUCAAAGACUUUGUACCUUGUUCUAUUGCUCCGUCAUCCCUCGAUGCAUUCACAAGCAUCAACUGGAAAAGCUAUGGGUUGGCUCUGCGGAGUGUUGCAGAUCAUGAUGAUAGUGUCAUGCUGGAAUGGGAGAACCUGGCACCAGAUUUACAAAUUCAUAUUGCCAUCCAUUGUUACCAUAGACAGGUGAAACAGUGGGUUGCAGAAAGCAGUUUACCUGAUCGAAAUCUAGCUAGAAAAGCUAUCAAGUGUGCUUUGGAUGACUUGAAAGAAAAUAAUCAAGGGGUUCUCCUAAGUACACGUGCAAUUAAGACCUGUGAUUAUGCACCUGACCUUGCAAAAACGCUUGCGCACCUGAUCUUAUCCUCCAAUGACUUGAACUUCCAAGAAGAAUGUUGUUCUCUUCUCGGGGUACAGUCUCAAGAGGUUAACAUGGAUAAUGUUGGAAAUUGCAUCAGGGAGAAGAUUAUUUCAGUCAUCGGAUUAAAUGAUCGUAACUCCCAUAAGCAUAAAGAAGCCCCAAGCUUCCUAUUUGAAGAUGAUUGUUUCCAGAAAGAGGAUUUCAUGAAGGAGGAAUAUCAAGAAGGUGAAGAAGCUUACAAUUCUUUGGAUCUAUAGAAGGUUAGGAGCAUUAUUAGAUGUCCAAUUAUUAAUCUCUUCUCUAAUAGGUUUAUAGUUUACCUCACAAUCAAAUUAUUCUAGUUACUUCUGCUUGGCUUUAUUAUUGCUAUGGAAAAGGGUAAAUUGAA